CGUCACUGCACUAAAGAUGGCGCUACAUUCAGGCAAUUAUGGCUAACAGACAACCGCCAGAAAGGGCCCCCAGUGGGCAGCCCUUGCAGGAGUCAAUGUCCCCCUACAAGCGCCCUCGUCCACAGAGUCCCCAAACCCAUCGAGAGAUUCCUCAGUAUAUCUAUGUCUCUCCAGCGGAUCAGCAACAACGCUUUCCAAUGGCUGCAGCUGGUCAACAUUACUCAGCCAUUUAUUCCUCUCAGGCUGCUAGACACCAGGAGCUGGCAGCCAUGGAGUUCCGUGACCCGCGAGGAGAGCAUUUUAAUGCUCAGAUUAGAAGGCGGCCAUCUUUACUGUCAGAGUUUCAAGGUCACACAGCCACAGAGCGAGAUCGAAGUGCGGAGUACUACAGACCAAACAGUUUUGAGCCAGUUAGAGCACCACCUGUCACUUCACAGGUUGAGACGGAGCAGGUGAUGGCACCAAAGCGCCCUCGUUUGACCAUGGAGAGCCAAGAAGAUGUCAAGCCAAUCAGACCAGUCCCGCUUGCUGGUGACCCACGGGUCGUUCACAUAGCCCAACCUGAGAUAAAAAAGGAGCAGCCGUACUUCCCCAAAGUAGAGAAUGUUUCUCCAACCCCCAUAGAGCAAGAGUCUCCAUCUAAGCAAUCUAAGGAAGGCUUAGUGCAAUCUAUGGAGAGAGUGGAUCGAGAGAUUGCUAAAGUUGACACUCAGAUCAGUAAACUCAAGAAGAAACAGCGAGAGCUUGAGGAACGAGCAGCUAAACCUCCUCAGAUAGAGAAACCAGGAUCACCCGGUAGCAUUAUCCCAGAACCCAAACAACAGAACAUCAUACAAGUCAUCUACGCUGAGAACAGAAGAAAAGCUGAAGCUGCUCAUAACAUGUUGGCAAACCUUGGCCCUGGUAAUGACUUGCCAAUAUACAACCAACCCUCAGACAGCCUCCAGUAUCAAGAAAACUUGAAGACUAAUCUGGACAUGCGACGUAAACUCAUCCUCUACUUCAAGAAGAGGAACAGUGCACGCAAAUUACGGGAGAGAUUCCUUUGCCAGAGAUAUGAUCAGUUGUUUGGGGUGUGGGAGAAGAGGAUGGAACGGCUGGAAAAUAACCCCAAACGAAAGGUUAAGGAUGCCAAGGUACGGGAAUACUUUGAGAAGCAAUUUCCUGAGAUCCGCAAACAGCGAGAACAACAGGAGAGAUUCUCCAGGGCUGGUACUAGGAGUAGCUGGGGUAAUAUUGCCCGUAGUGAUGCUGAGUUGGCUGAGAUUGUUGAUGGAUUGAAUGAACAAGAGGCUAAUGAUAGACAUAUACGCAGUCUGGCUGUCGUUCCUCCACUGCUCUUUGAUGGUGAACAGAGAAGGGUCAAAUUCAUCAACAAGAAUGGUCUUGUUGAGGAUCCAUUGAAGCAGCAUAAAGACAGACUAAGGUUAAAUAUCUGGGAUGAUGAGGAGAAAGAAAUCUUCAGAGAAAAGUUCAUUCUACAUCCCAAGAAUUUCCAGCUGAUUGCUUCAUUCUUGGAGAGGAAGAGUAUUGCAGACUGUGUCCUGUACUACUACCAGACCAAGAAGAAUGAGAGUUACAAGCAGCUACUGCGUAAGACUCAUGUUACUAAGCGUAAGAGAGGAUUCCCUCCAAAGUCAUCUCAGUCCAUCAGUCGUCAUCAACAGGCAGAGAUGGAAGUCAAAGAAGAGAAAGAAAAGGAGACAACUGAGGACUCUUUAGAUUUAUCAAAGGACAAGGAGAAAGAUAAAUCCAAGGAGAAAGACAAAGAGAAAUGCAAAGAGGAAGCCAUUUCCAAGGAGGCAAUAGAAGACCCGAAAGAUGAAAAACCAGAGAUCAAGAAGGAGAAAGAUGAGGAUAAAGCUGAAUCAGGGGAGAUGGAGACAGAUAAAGAAAAGGAGAUUGAGCGAGUAACGAUCAAAGUGGAAGGAGGCCUUGAUAAGGAGGAGAGUGCUACCAUGGCAACAGGAGAUGCUGUUACCUCCGAUUCUUCCCCUAACACCUGUUCUCUGUGUAAGAACCAGUUAGAUACGUACAGCCUAAGCCGCCCAGUCAAUGAGAGUAAUUGUGAUAUGUUUGGUGUCAAUAAGACUGAGGUUACACCCAACAUGAGAGUCUGCAGUCGCUGCCGAUGUCGCUCCAUCAGAAGAAGAUGCCCCAUGCCGUCCUGUAAGACACCGAGACGUAGAGUCAAACGACUGAAGGCAUUGCCAGCUAAAUGGGCAGAGUUACCGCUAGAUCAGAAGAAAGUCAUUUCAGAAGAAUUAGGUCUACCCACAGAUCAGAUCACCACCAAAUGUUGUGCAGCUUGCUUCAAUCGUAUUGCAAGGAAGUUAGGUACGGAUGGAACUCUGGAACUAGAACCCAGUGGGAUGACUCCCCCUCCUGAUGGCCAAGAACCAGUUAUAAAUGAGACUUCAAGAUGGACGGAAGAAGAGAUGGAAGUAGCCAAAGAAGGUUUAAGGAAACAUGGGCGAGAUUGGUCGUCUAUUUCCAAGGCAGUUGGCACCAAGACUGAGGCUCAGUGCAAGAACUUCUACUUCAACUACAAACGCAAAUUCAAUCUGGAACAGAUACUGGAAGAACACCGCAAAGAAAAGGCAGAGAGGGAGCAUCGUAUUUCAACAACUGAAAGCACAGCAUCCACACUGUCUACUUUCUCCGAUGAUGAUGAAGAUUCUAUGAUGUUCACUGAUGAUGACAAUGAUGCAGAUAAUGACAUGGAAAGCUCAGAUACUGACAGUGCUAGUGAGAAUGAUGGUGGUGAGGACUCCUCCAGAAAGAUUAAAAAGGGAGGUGGUGGAGAGACUAUUCAGGGACAAGGUGAACCCAUGGAGGUCAGCGCCAAUGCCACCCCAGGAGGUGGUGGUGACAACCAGGGCAGUUUACCAGACACUGGACACGAUAAAAGCCAGUCGGGAAACGAUACGGGUGGUGGUAGGGCAAGCGAAACAUCAGAGGGAGUAAGAAAUGAGGCGGUUACUAUGGCGACUGAACCGAAGCAGCAGCUGCAGACGGAACCUGGCGCUGUGAAGAAGAGUUCAGACCCGCAGCAAGCACCACCUCCUCCUCUUCUCUCUCAACCCGACCGGCCGUCUCUGUCUACAGAGAUGCAAUCCAAUCAUUCUGAACUCCCCUUGGGACCAAGCCUUGGGUCUUCCCGUCCUAGAGACGAUGAUGAUUCCAGUGCAACAUGCAGCGCUGAUGAGGGCCACAUUCAUGAGGAUGUGGAGGCAGUGGUCAUCCAGGAGCCUUCUUGUAACUCCUCUCUCAUGCCAAUGACUCGAAGGGUCCUGGAAAGCCAAGCUGGCGACAAGGUCUCCUCUAGUGAUGAGAAGCGUUUUUUUCAUGGCUUUCUCCCAGCACCAGCAGUAGAGCUAACCCCCUCACAAGCUCAACCCUCUCAGGGUCAACAAGAUAGAAGAUCUGUCCGAAUAGAACCCUCUGUGGAUACUUCAAGCUCAUGUAAACCCAACACAACUGUGGCAGAGUUUCUUGGUAAAGAAGGCAAAGGUGUGAAUAACAUCAGUGAUCUGAUUGACUCUGCAAUACACAUGCAUCUAAGUAAAUCAUCCUCGACUAACAGCUCACCAGGUCAGCAAGAUCAAAUGACUUGUAUAUCAGAGUCUCGUAAGAGCCCUGCCUCUGCCAAGGACACUGCCAAAGAGGCUCGGGAAGGCCGUCGUUCAUCAGACAACUUAUAUGGUGAGAUGCAUUCUCGAAGGACACCACCGUGGGCAGACUCCAGUGAUAGCAAAGACCGUCGACCAAGUUCCAGGCCAGAACCUGGUGUGGCGUAUGUCUCGCCUCAUAUAUCCCAUACCUCACAGGUGCAUCAGAGAACCCAACAGCAACAGCAACAGCAGCAACAUCUGAAACAGGAACGGUUGCAGGAGCGGGAUGUCUACGAAGUCGGUAGUAGUCAUCCAGACAUGACGGGUAUGAGGUAUCCAAGUGGAUCUCUCGGGCGGGCGUUAUACCCUGGCACCCGCUAUGCUCGAGAUGCACAUGGGGAGUUAUACCAAGAUAGAGAGCACCCUCAUGUGUCUUCCCCACCAGGGGUACCAACAGGAGCCCGCUCAACCCGUCCAAGCUCACCUUUCAAGCUUGUACCAAUGGAUCGAGCAUCACAGUCUCAGCAACAUCGGCCGAUACCAUUGCCACGUUCCACUAAGGGCAAUGUACCUCCUCCCCCUCCACUCAUCAACAAAUUAUCUCCAAAGCCUGUGAAGACGGAAAAGUCUUCACCAUUAGGUCAGUCUCAUGGUGGUUCCAUCACUCAGGGUACACCCAUUAACUUCUCUACUGCUGCAAACCCUCAAGGUCGUUAUGAGAAUACAAUGCCCAGGACUCAGGCUGCAUAUGAAGGACUACUUGUCAAGGGUCAACCAUCAGCUACCUCCCCAAGGCAAGAAGGAGGAGGAGGAUGUGGUUCUAUUACUCAAGGUACACCCAUCAGUAGAGGAGGACGAGAGCUACCUGGAGGCUCUAUCACUAGAGGUACACCUCUACCUCAACAACAUGAGGCGUCUGCAUCCAAAAUUGCUAAUCAUGAAAGUCAGAGAACCACACCAAGUAGCUAUGAAGCCUCAGCAUCAAGAAACACCCCAGUGUCAUAUGAGAGUGACAGACCACGUUCAACCCAGGCAGGAAUGCGUCGUGUCAGUUUGUAUGAGAACCCAUUAGCCAGGGGCUCACCUGUCUAUGUUAACACCAGUGGAACAAUGCGAGCUGGUAACCCCUAUGAGAGGCAAAUGCAUCCGAUCGACCAAGCUACUGCAUUGUACAUAGCUCAGCAGCAGCAGCAGCAACAACAACAACAUCGAGAGUACAUCAACCUGAUGGCUAACAGAGCUGGACAACCAGAUACAACAUCAUUCAGUAGCUCUAAAGAAACACUAGCAGGUGACUUUGCCACAGCUAAGCAGAUGAGUAUGAGGACUACAUCAACUAUAGCAGGGGAUUAUGCAACAGCCAAACAGAUGAGUCAACAGCAGCAGCAACAACAACAACAACAGCUCCCUCAUCAAAUCACUUCUCAGAUGGGUCAGCAACUGAGCCAGCAAAUGCAGCAACAGAUGAGCCAGCAGCUUGGUCAGCAGAUGGGUCAACGAGGCACCUACCCGCCAACGUCCACCUCUAAAGAUUCCAGACUAUCCCCAAGAAGAGAGUCACCACUAGGCAAACAUUUCCCUCCUGGCCAGCCUCAUGUUAUGGACCCUCAACUACAACAUGCUCAAAUGCUCUCCUAUGCUGCUCAUGCUCAGGGUGGACAAAUAGUGUAUCUGCCGUACCUUCACCCCAAUCAGCACCCACAUCUUCUGUACCCUGGAGGUAUCCCUACCACGCACUCCUCCCCUCACCCCUCUAUUAGUCCCCAUACCACACAGUCUCAUGCAACCCAUUCAGACAGAAGAACUAGCUCCCCAAUGCAGCAACAGCAGCAGCGUGAAGUCACAUCCCCAGCGGAGCACUAUGCACAACAGCAAGCUGUUAAUCUAUCACGAGGAUGGCCGCCAUCCCAGAAUCCAAAUUCUGUCCGUUUUAAAGUCCCACCAAGGAGUUCAUCAAGCCCAGGAGCUCAUCCAGGUACAGGGGCACACCCAGUCACCCAUCCGGGUGCCCUACCUGUAACAUGUGUACACACUGCAACAGGGACACAUACCCUGACAGCUGUUCACCCAGCAUACGCCCAUCCAGGUGCCCACUUAGUGGGUAGUAGUCACCCUGGAGCGGGUCACCCAGGUGCACAUCAUAUGGCUGCAAUGGGGAGUAUCUUGAGAGGUACACCCAUCAGACCUCCACCCAGUAUCACUAUGGGAACACCCAACCCGGAGCUUAGAGGUGAAACUCCAAGAAGUCGAGCUGAAAGCACAUCAGGUUCAGUUGGAAGUAAAUCACCUGGAGUAUCGAGUGGAUCCGAUGCCUUUCAGACCCUGGUUCAUGUAGCUGCCUCAGCUGAGACACUCUCAACAGCUCAAGAGAAAGAAGCUAGGAGACUCCAGCAAGCCAGUCAUGAGAGCCGAGAACGUGACGCUAGCUCAUCUAGCGAGACCCAUGGUUAUCCAAGGCGACCCUACUCUACUGGCUCUAGCCACUCUGGGCCCAGUCAAGAGAGACGUAUCUCUACGUCAUCUGAAAACCAAUCUGCCUAUCGGGAGUCUCCAUCGUCUUUGAGUCGUUCAACACCUAAGGGACGGGAAAUGGAGAAAGAGAGGAAGGAUGAAGAAGGGAGACACAAAGAUAGAGCAGAGGCUCAGCUAAGAACCCAAGACAUGGAAAGAGAAGCAUCCGCAAUCUUCGCUGCUCUGUUUGAGAAGGACAAUAAGUCAUCUCGAGUAUCAACAGAGGAUGAAUCUGAGAGUUCAUCCAGGCCACUGACAGCAGCCAACUUGAUUGACGUCAUUAUAACUCGCUCAAUCAACCAACCUAUGAUGGACAGUCAGGACCAGGGUACUGAUUCAGACAGUGGAGAUGGGAUGUCCAUUGGACGGAGUGUGGUCUCAUCCAAAGACAAAUUAAACAAGACUGUUUCUGAUUCUGACUCACUCAAGCAAGAGAAUGGCGACAGCAAUGCUGUGCCAUCCUCUUCAACUGAGCGAUCUCCAACUGCUGCAAAAGACCCCAAUAUGUCCAAACCCAAAGAUACAGCUGGUGAAAGGCCAGAGCGAUCACAGGAAAGCCUUGUCCCAGUCUCAUCCCAAUCACCACUGCCUAUUACUCUAGCAGAGCACAUUGACACUAUCAUCUCCAUGGACUAUAAUAAGAUAGAUCAGACCAGCCAAGUGAUACCAUCAGCAUCCACAUCUACUUCGUCUCUUAGUAAGCGUGAACGAGGGAAAGCAUCCGCAAGUAUUGAUACCUCCGAGAGUCAUGAACCAGGACCUUCAUCUAGCUCUCCAAGGUCCAGAUACAGAUCAACAGAGAGUGAAGUUGGAUCAACUAACGAUACAGGCAGAAGAAGCAGUCCUGUGGCUUCAUCCCUUCAGACUAUGCAUGGAGGUCGUAGUAGCAGCAUAAGUGAAACCAGAAUGAGAAGUCAAGGGAUGAUGUCUUAUGGUGGGCCGGCUGAUCCUAACAUCAACAGCUCUAAAGACAACAGUCCUAGAAGUCGAGCUGGAUCAACUGCUUCAGAUAUAUCUAGUGCCUCUGCAUCACCUGCAAAUGCCAGACCAGAUAGCUACUCCAACAGGGUGUCCUCCCAGUGGGGGACUCGUAAAGACCUGGAAGCUGGUAGGGUGUCCCGCAGUUCAUCAGAGCAGAGUCGUGAGGCAUCCCCAGUCAGUGUUGGUGACAUGACAGCUCCAGUGUCAUGGCAAAGAAAAUACCAGCAGGAAGGUAAUGGAGCGGAUAGCAGUGAGAAUGCAUCGAGAGGAGCUCAACAGCGAUUUAGGGUCCAUAGUUCCCAAUCAACUUCCCCUCAGCAGCCAGAGAGCUGGGGAAUGGCAGACUCUAAUCGUCCCCCAUCAAGAGGCAGGAGAAGGGAAUCACCUAAAACAACUGUGGAACCAGGUUGUAGUUCUAUGUCCCAGUUGGAUGCAUCCUCUAGUAGUGAGGACCGAUCUCGCUUUACAUCUGUGCCUGUGGAGAGUGGAGUAAGUGAUAGCCAGAGACAGCUUAGCAGCAGUCUAGACACCAAGUCUAGAUCAGAAGUGGAGAGUUCUCGUGGUGGAAACCCUGCACCCCAGAGCACUUCACAUGAGUAUGCCUCAGAUGGUUCUCUGCAGCCUGCUGAUAGCAUGUCACAGAUGAGACAGUGUCUCAUGGGUUCUGCUCAGUCUCUCAGCAGAUCUCCCAAACAUGGACAGCCUAGUAUGCUUCCCAGCAGUAGUCAGGGUAGACCACCACCACGCAAAGACACUGGCCUGUUCAAAUUUGAUCUACAGAAGUCAAUUAAUCGAAUGAUUGAGUCGCAGGUGCGCAUGGACACACCUGUCAGGGUGGACACACAGGUCAGAAUGGAUGACUAUGUGACUCGUCUUGUAGAAGCAGAAAUGUCUAGUUCCAGAUCGUCACCGCAGCGUUGUGACAGUCGAGAAAGCACCAGUACUGCUGAGUCUGGUGGCUUAGAGGUAGACGAGAGCCGUAUUUCAGAUGAAUUUGAUUUGGACAACCAUGAAGCAGAGUCUGUUCAGCAGCCUAGCAUUACACAAUUGCGCCCUCGUGGGAGUAGUCCUAGGUUAGCAGUUCGUGACAGUGGGGAAGUAGAUUCAGGACCUAUGGAAGGUGGUGCUAGGUUAGCAGUGGGAUCAUCAAGUGGUAUUGGAAGUAAUCGAGUGACUGGUGUAACCUCACCAAACAUGGCAGCACAGCAAGGUGAUCUAUCUAACCAACCCAGCCAAUCAGUACAGACUUCACCAGCAGUGUCUGGUCAACAGGGCUUUGCAACAUCAGCCAGUGGCAACGUGGGAAACCAGUUUGCUUACUCUGCACUGUCAUUCAGAUCACCCGCUCCUGCAGCUGCUGCAGCUUCCUCAUCCACACCAAAUACCGCCCAGAAUCACCUCGCCAACCCCCAUCGCCGGAACCCCUCCCCACACUUGGGGCCUGUCAGAGGGCCAUCACCCGUUCCUGGUCCAGGUUUAGCUGGUACACGUGACAGGGAGCCAGCACCCUUGCUCUCUUCCCAAUAUGAAACCUUAUCAGACAGUGACUAAUAUUUUAUACUAGUAGACAUUAGUUUAGUUUUUCAGUUGUAGUCUAAGCAGUUGUUAAGUAAGCAACUUGAACUUCUCUGUUACGAGAAGAAAGUUAUGUUGUGAUGUAGUAAGAGCAUUUCUUUAAUGCACUGUUAUUGAAAAAAAAUAAGUUUUGUUUCAUUUUUCAGCUUAUAAAUUGCCCUUUUUAAGCCAAUUUUAACUUUUGUUUGUCCUUCUGCAAUUUGUCUCAUCGGCCAUUUUCUGUGGGGAAAAACCUUUUAAUGAAAAAUGUUUGAACUGAUGACAAAUUCAAUUCAAUCAGUGAUUAAUAGUGUUUGGUAUCAGUUGUUGGCCAAGACAAUGUGGAUUUAAUACCAUUUCAAAUUUGACUACCUAGCUAGAGGCAGUUUGGCAGUUUAUCCCUGAUGUAAAUUUAUCAUUUUUAUGAUUUUUAGAGCUACUUUAAUUGUAAGAGUUAUUUUAAUUGUUUUCGGGCAAGUGGAAAUGUGAGUUCAAUAUUAUAAGUUAUCAACAAAAGCACGAGUGGAAUACGGAAAAAUAUAGCGCUUCUGCGUCCCAUAAUCCAAUGAGGCCGAAUGCAGAGUUGAUUAUGGGACGGGACGCUAUAUUUUUCCAUAUUUCCACAAGUGCGCAUGUGAUAACGUAUUUAUCUUCAAGCAAACUUGACACGUGUCAUAGAACACACAAGACGCAUGUAGUGAUACUAGCCGUGCAACAUAGGUUUAUACCACCACUCCAUUCCGCAAAUCUGAUUAAAUCUGAUUGGAGGAUUAGCGCGUACUUGAAGAUAAUACAAGUUAUAAGUAUUGAUGACUGGUAGUGUAAGCACAAUGAGGCUGAACAUCAAGGUGGUUGUCACUACUCAUUUGUUAUCCUGCAAUUUUAUCCCUGAAAUCAGUUACCUAAAAGAAACAAACAAAUUUGUGUUUAUGGUGAGGGUGGCCACUUCACACGAGACAAGUUAAAGGCAACCAGUUCCAGGCAAUUUCCAAUUACAAAUUCCUUCACAUUUCAGUUUUCUGAACGUUUCAUGUGAUAGUGAGUUACAGCUAGACAAUUAUCCCCUGUGCUGGUGAAGUAUUCAUUGUUCAUAUAACUUAGAGGGUCACUCCAAGUUGCCUGAAACCAAUUGCCCGGUGUGACACAUGGCCUUCACAACAGUAUUGCUAUUCAGAACCUAUUUUCAGGAUUUGAAAUAGAUUUUGCAACCCAUUCUUAUUAGAGAAAAGUAAAAUAAAUCAUGCAGUUAAUUUUAAUGGUUAAAAGGACGACAAAGGCCAUCCUGUAAUUCUUAAUCAUGUUUGUCGAUGAGUAUCUGUUGAUGGGGAGUCAAUAACAUUGAUUGCUUAGAAAGUAUCAUUCUGUUUUAAAGAAACAUCUCAACACGGGUCUAGGAACACUGUGUACUGAGAUAGCAAUUAGAAAUACAUAUUCCACGUUAUCACAUCAUUAAGCAAAUCAUGGAUAUGCUUUAUUGACAAUAGCCUUUGGUGAAUUUUCAUGGUGUUCUUUAUGAAGUACUUGAAAGUGAGUAAGUUUUAUGUGAUUAGUUUCACAACUUACCAUUGUUAUUUUCUGGUCGCUUGUGAAACUUUGUUAGAUUAUUUUCUGUUCACUUUCGAUCCCUCUAUGUAAAUUACACAUGAUAAGAAUUUGUGUUAAUGCUGUUGAUGUAAAACAUCAUUUGUUUGUUUUAUUAAAGGUACAUGCUGAACAGUUCAGUAACAAGUUUCUCUACCACCCCGCCCCCCCCCCCCCCUCCCCAUAAAAGUAUGGUACAUGAAUGUCAAGUGUAAUACCAGCAAAGAUACAAGGAAAAAAGAAACAUAUUUUGAAAUGCAAGAUAUUUUUCCCUUAGCACUGAAAUUUUUCUUUUGAAUAGCCAAAUCAAAAUAAAGACAGAAACAUGAAGACAUUGAAAACUAAGGAUUGGAAUAAAUUCUUUUCUUUUUAAAGCCAUCCAUGUAUCGUGGUACUUUAAAAAGUUUAUCUGUUUGCAAGAGACCAACUAGUCUGAAUGCUAUAUACACUAAAUUGUUUAAAUACCAUGUAGCUUUAUACAAUGUCCCGUCUAAAAUUGGCUUCUUGAACUGUUACAUGUGAAGCUUUUGUUUUAAUAUAAACAAAGAGAAAUGUAUUAGUUCACAAGUGAUAUUUUUGUCAACCAAAGUUAAGAAACUGCUGAAACAUUGUCACAUGUAAUGAAAAUUCAGCUCUUUUCUUUUGUCUAGAAAAGUAAUCUGGAAAACAAGAAGGGAAAAGUGUACAGUUGUUUUUGUUGUGAAGAUAUUCAUUAAAAAUGUUGUUGUAUCUUAGCGAU